UAAAUUGUACAUACUGAGCCUUUAAUAUAACUUUAUUUACCAUAUGAAAUGUGACUGAACAAGAGAGAAGUAAAUGUUUAGUGUCGAUCCAUUCUAAACUUAAUCCACAAGCAUCUAUUUAAAAAUAAUUUACAUAAAGUGUCAGCGACAGAACAAACAUUUGCUUUUGGAUUAAUUCUUCCAACCCGGAAAUUGCUUGAGGUCUGUAGAAAGUUGUUCCCGGGCUCCUCCCUCUUGUCCAAAUAUGGUGAUGUCUUUCUUAAAAAAAAAAAAAAACCAUCAAGAUGGCGAUCGAAGAUGACGUCACAAUAGGUCAAUAAAGUCUAUGGUCGUUUCGCUAGAUGGCACACGCUGAUCCGUGAGCGUUGAGGCAGCGGGAGAGUCAUGGAGAACCUGAAGCUGCUCGUCCACAGGGCACAGGUGGACAAGCGGACAGCGGCUCUGCUGGCGGGGGCCGUCUGCGGUGCGGGAGCUGCGGUGCUGCUGAUCCGCAGAGUGAUCCGCUUCCGAGAGGCCAAGGUUAAGAUCCAGAGAGCCAGAGAGCGGAGGACCGAGAGCCUGCAGCGGGCAGAGGAGGCUGUGCGGCGGUACAAGGAGUCGCAUCCAGCAACCGACUCAGCUCUCAUCUUGACGCUGACCCUCUCGGAGUUGACCAAGCAAUUGCAGGAAGGCUUGCUGAGCCCCGAGGAAGUGUUCUACACUUACAUGGAAAAGACUCUGGAUGUAAACAAAAAGCUCAACUGCUGCACAGGGAUUCUGCUGGAGAGUUUCGAUCAGCUGAAGACGCUCGACUCCAACAAGAAGGGUCUCUUGUAUGGAGUUCCAGUUAGCAUCAAAGAAAACUUUGCUUAUAAGAAUCAUGACUGUUCUUGUGGGGUGGUCAUUAAUCUGGACCAGCCCCUCCAGGAGGACGGAGUGCUUGUUGAAGUUCUGAAGAGACAAGGAGCUAUUCCCUUUGUGAAAACCAACUUACCUCAAGCCCUACUUAACUAUGACUGCAGUAACCCUAUUUAUGGGCAGACCGUAAACCCUCACAACCUCCAGAAGACCUCUGGAGGUUCGUCUGGUGGGGAGGGGGCUCUGAUCGGGGGAGGCGGCUCUGUGCUCGGUUUGGGCAGUGACAUAGGGGGCAGCAUCCGCAUCCCUGCCGCUUUCUGCGGGAUCUGUGGCCUCAAGCCAACAGCACGUCGGCUGAGUUCACAAGGUGUGAGGCCCAUUUACGGAGGGCAAAAGUCAGUGCCGUCCUCUGCUGGACCUAUGGCGAGGGAUGUGGACAGUCUGGCUCUGUGUAUGCAGGCUCUGCUGAGUGAACACAUGUUUUCCCUGGACCCUACUGUUCCACCCAUACCCUUUAAUGUGGAGAUGUACCAGAGCACCAAACCUCUGAGGAUCGGAUACUUUGAAAGCGACGGCUACGUGCAGCCGUCCCCAAGCACGGCCCGAGCCAUCAGAGAAGUCAAGGCACUGUUGGAGCAAGCUGGCCACACUCUGGUGCCUUACAGUCCCCUGAAGAUCAGACAUGUUGCAGAAGAGCUGUUGAUUAAGGGUAUCCUCGCAGAUGGAGCUACCACCAUGCUACAAAAACUGGAAGGAAGUCCUCUGGACCCCUGUCUCAAAGCACAGGUUGUUCCCUACUCUCUACCUACGUGGGUGAAGAGAACCCUCUCAUUCCUCCUGAAGCCUGUGGCUCCUCGUGCUUCUGGCGUCUUCACUGGUAUCAGUGGAGUCAGUUCUGUUCCAGAGCUGUGGAAGCAACACGCUGCUGUCGAGGACUACAUUCAUGAAACAAUAAAAGAUUGGAGAAGAUGCAACAUAGACGUGCUGCUGUGCCCGAUGUUUGGACCUGCCUUCAACUUCUUAUACUGCGGCAAAGUUACCACUGUCCUCACGAACACGAUGCUCUACAAUCUCCUGACCUUUCCGGCCGGUGUGGUUCCCGUUACCACGGUGACUGCAGAGGAUGAGGAGGAGCUCAAGCACUACAAGGGCCAUUAUCAGGACCGCUGGGACAAGCUCUUCAAAGAGGCUGUGUCUGGGGGCGAGGGUCUGCCUGUGGCGGUGCAGUGCGUCGCCCUGCCGUGGCAGGACGAGCUCUGCCUGCGUCUCAUGAGGGAGGUGGAGCAUCUGGUCAAACAGAGCAGGAAGUAAAGCCUGGAGGCCACAGGUGGAACUGCAAAGCUCAGAGACUUCAGGUUUGUGAAAACACAAACAAGAAGCCAGCUACGAAAAUCCCUUUAGAUGAAGAUGAUCUUUGAAGAAGUGAAAAGCAUUGGCACAAUAUGAGAUUUGGAAAGAGGUUGACGCACGUAACAUUAUUUCUGGAAAAAGAUUGUUUGGGUUUUUGAAAAUAUAAGUUGACUGAAAAUAAUAGUUAAGUUCACCUGUGGAGUUUUUGUUUUGUGUUUAACUCAUUCUUUGAGAUUAUUAUAUUAUCUAUUAUUAGAUUUCUUUUACCCCUUUUGUGAAAUCAUGUAUCUGAUUUGGUGAAAUACGCUCAACGUUUGAUCUUAGGCAUGGUUUCAUAUUACAUACAAAAUAGUAUGAACACAUUUAAUUCACUACUGGGCAAAGAGGCACUGUGACCACAUUUCUUUAUAUUUGAAUUUAUAAUGAACACUGAAUUGUUUUUUUUUUUUUUGUCUGAAUUUAAAAUUUAACUGUGAUCUGUUAUCUGAGAAUAAAACAACUGAUUUCUCACAGAGCUUGUCAGAUUCAAGAAGCGGAUAUGAUCCACUGUUUCUUCCACCGUUCAUUUGUUUGAGUUGAUAUUUGCAGCUUUUUAUUAAAAACUGUACUUCAAA